UUUAUUUGCUCUCUUGAUCUCGGCUUAAUAUGUGAAAAAGGCUCGCACUCUGAGCUUGGAACACUUGAAAGUUCACAGUGUUGUUAACAUGAAUUCGCUAUUGUCAACUAGUGACAAUAACUUGACUCCGAAUGGCGACGAAAUAAUAAUGAAAGAUAUCAAUGAAAGCAGUGCCAAGCCGAAAACAUAUAGAGUAAGAAGGUACAUUCGAUCCAGCUCUUGUAGGAAAUUCAUGGAUCGUUUGACUUGCAUACUAUUAGCGACAACUGUGAUUAUCGUAGGUUUAUUAACUCUAAUAGUUAUCACAUCAGUUAUCUUGAAAUAUCAAAUUUACAAUUAUAGCGACUCUUUAGCAUUAAAAAACGCAUUGGCGAAUAGUUCCAAUAUGACGAUGCCGCCAGAAUUGGUGACGAGCAGUAACGCAAGCGAAUACAGGCUAAUAUCAGCGUACGAAAAUUAUCCGCACCGAGAGGAGGGUCUCGAUGCCAGAUCGUGGCUGAAUUUCACUGAAAGAGUCAUUUUGAAUGAUAAUAAUAAUCUUUGGGAGUACGACGCGAAAAACGAGACGCUAAAUGUACUACACGAGGCGACGAGCAGCAUUGACACAUUCGAAAUCUUGGCCGGAAAAAACAUCUUUUUAUCGACGUUCAGCAGCACGCUCACGACUAUAUCGUCGUUGGAUCGACACGGAAAUACAACGAAAUACAAUUAUACUACUAUUUUCGAGGAAAGUAGGGUCAGACCUAAAUCAUUGGCGUUCGAUCGUAUCGGAGAAAAUUUGUACAUUGUAGACGAAUCAAAGGGCACGUUGAUUGUGAUUAACGUGAAUACGCGAGAGUACAAUGUCCUUUUGGCAGACCUCAUACAACCGAGUAAAAUUUUACUCGAUUCGUCCGCGGGCGUCAUGUUUAUUUUGCAAAAUUUGAACUCGAUCAUAAGAGCUGACAUGAGCGGUGAAAAUCUGAAUGUAAUCGUGGAGAAGAGCGGCAUAUCCGCGCUCGCGCUAGACUGCAGCGGAGAAAGAGUUUACUGGGUUAACGACGUGGUGGGCAUUGAAAGUUCGGAUUACGACGGAAAGAACUUGCGCUACUUCCACACCGACACCGCCACCAUUAUCGACAUAUCAGCUUGGAACAAGCGGCUGUACUGGCUGUGGCAAGAUCACCAUCGUAUGUCGAAACAUCAAUUGGUAUUUUGCCGUACCGACGACGAUAUCUGCGUGGAUUACCUAAUGCAGCCGCUGAAUAGCCUUGAAAAUCCAACGUCAAUCAAAGUCAUAGCCGAGAAGGACAAGCAAUCCAAUCAGUCGACCGCCAAUCCGUGCAACAUCGGCGGAGGCGAAUGCGAACAACUGUGCCUGCUCGUUCCCCGCGGACGUCGCAGUUGCGCUUGCAAGCUUGGCUGGCAGCUGAAUCCCGAUAAAAGAACUUGCCGGGAAACCCGUGAUUUUAUCUUGUACGCCACCGACAGCACAGUUCGCGGAAGAACUCUAGACGUCACCAGGAAAAUCUUGACCGACGUUAUAUUGCCAACGCCUUAUCGCGUGGAAUCGCUCAAGAGCAGCAUAAUAUUCGACUACGAUUACCGUCACGAUGUCUUGUACUUUAGCGACGGUAAGAAUAUUUUCAAGACCAACUUGAAAGGCUAUCGCAAUCAAACGACGCUGCUGGAGUACAACGAGAACGUUAUCACCGAUUUGGUUUACGAUUGGUUGUCGGGCAAUUUGUACGCCUCGGAGUACGAAGAUCAACAGAUUUAUUAUUACACCGAGGGCAUUAAGCAUUACAUAAAAGUAUUCGAUGUCAAACAUGACACUAUCACGCGUCACGUACAGCUAAGAAGCUUCACAAACGGCUACUCAAGACGUUCCAGCUUGUGCAUUUAUCCGAACCAACAUUAUAUUUUUUACAUAGCGACGCUCCUGUACACGCAAAGCAUAUACAGACUGUCUACAACUUCUAACAGCUCCAUACCUUUUGCGACGCUUCAAGAUGCCAUAGCACAUCUGUCGAGACCUACGGCCAUUGAUUAUUCGGAGAAUCGCGUUUAUUGGAUAUGUAUUAGUGAUCAAACGACGCGCAUCGAUCAUGCUAAUUUCGACGGCAAUGAUGUGAGAAGCAUACUCGUCCACGGCGUCUCUGAUCCAACUUUCAUUUUCGUUUAUCGCGAGUGGAUCUUCUUGGCCAAUUCCAACACUAUUUGGCGAGUCAAGAAGAAAGACGGCAAAAACGUCGUGACGGUGCUGUCGAGGCAAAGUAGCGAUCGGAAUACGAUUUACGAUGUACGAUUAAUAAGCGAUGCUGUACAGUCCAUUAGUUAACUAAAGAUGUAAGACAAAUAACAAUGUACACGAGCGACUUUCUAACAAUAAACAAACUUACAAAAGUU